AUGGCUGUGGCCGCAGUUAUGGAAUUCUGCGCAAGCGGGACAAGAAGCGAAUCUGGGUCGCUAACGAUCCGGCCUUUCACGACCACUAUUGCGACCAGCCCAACGACUCUGUGGGGUGACUUCGACCUGCCCACGAGACUAGACCUCAUCGCGAGGGCGUGGGUUCUGAGGACAUCAAGACACGAACACCAGCGAUCUAAACUGCACCCCUAUGUCGUAUCCAAACCUUUAGUAACACCCGAUCCAACACCGAAACGAUCACGACGACUAUUGCCGAGACCAUGCGAAGACGACUCAGCCAUAUCCGACCUUCCCAUCGAUCCCGCCCAAACGGGUGAGUCUGCUAAUCGUCGGAGCCACGUUCCGUCAGACACCGGAUCUUGUCCUCCACCGCCGCCGGCCGAUGUUCCACCGCGACGAGAACGGCGGAAAGAUUCGAUGCUUAAUGACCCUGCCCAGGAGUUCUACUUCGAUCUCUACUCGGAAGAUGGUUUCGUCCAGCAUGCCAAGAAGAAGAAGAAGGCGACCGCCUUCAGCUGGGAUGAACCUGAGAAGAAAGACGAAGGUGGUGAAGGUGGUGGCGACGGCGGCGGCGGCGGCGGCGGAGGUGACCAAAAUGGCGGAGAUGCCGGCCAGGCCGGUGGAGAUGCCGGCGGCAACGGGGACGGUGAGGACAAGAAGGACGAUGCUGGUGACGCAAAGCCGGACGACGACUGGGGCGUUUUCGAAGCUGUCGGCAAGAAAAAGAAGAAGGGGAAAAACCAGGCGCAGGCCGAGGACACCGCUGAGCCAUCGGGGACUUCAACUAAGUUCGACGCAUUCCACGAGAUCAAACUAGAUGACCCUGCGCUCGAUCUCAGUUUUGGAGGCAAUGCGGCCGACACAAAGACCAAUUCGUUUAGUACGUGGGGAUCCAGCUGGAAUACUGGCACAACGUCCACAACGUGGGACUGGUCUGGUACCAAGGCAGCUGACAAGACCGAAGACAAGGAGGACAAGAAAGAUGAAGCUGAAGACAACCCGUGGAGCAUCAACAGGCCCAAACCCAAGAAGAAGGGCAAGACCACUUUCAGCUUCGGUGGCUUUGACGACGUCGAGGAAGAGAAGGCUGAAGAGCCGACCGUUACCCAGGAAAACAUCGAGGAAAAGAAGGACGACUUCGGCUUCGGCUUCAGCUCCGUCGCCAAGAAGGAUAAGAAGAAGAAGAAGAACAGCAUCUGGGACCCCGAACCCGAAGAGGAGAAGAAAGACCCGCUUGCCGAAAGUCAGGAUUUAGGCGCGCCCGCCGCCCCCGCCGCCGACGACUCCUGGGGCGGCGGCUGGGGCACAACAGCCACCAAGAAGGACAAGAAGAAGAAGAAGAAUAGUAUCUGGGACCCUGAGCCGGAACCCGAGAAGCCCCAGGAACCCGAGCCUGAGCCUGAGCCCGAGCCCGAGCCUGUCAAAGAGGAAGACCCCUGGGGCGAUGGAUGGGGCACCAAGAAGGACAAGAAGAAAAAGAAGGGCGGGAUUGAGGAAGUCAAGGAGCCUGACCCACCAGCGCCCGAUCCCGUGCCUGAGGCUGACGACUUCUGGGGUGGCUUCUCCGCUUCCAAGAAGGAUAAGAAGAAGAAGGGAAAGGUUGUUGAGCCUGAACCGGAACCGGAACCGCAGCCGGAACCGGAACCUGUCCCCGAGCCCGAGCCCGAGAAGAAAGAAGGAGACGACUGGAUGAAUUGGGGCACCACGACUAAGAAGAAGGGCAAGAAAGGCAAGAUCGUCGAGGAGGUCAAGGAACCAGAACCCGAGCUAGAACCAGCACCGGAACCUGAGAAGAAGGAGGAGGAUGAUUUGGGCACCUGGGGAACAACUUCGAAGAAGGACAAGAAGAAGAAGAAGAAAGGCAUUUUUGAUGACGAUGAGCCUGCCAAGGAACCUGAGCCUAAGCCCGAGCCUGAACCUGUUCCUGAGCCAGAACCCGAAAAGAAGGUGGAGGAAGAUCCCUGGUCAUUCGGUGCCUCAAAAAAGGAUAAAAAGAAGAAGAAGAAGGGGGGUGUGCUUGAGCCUGACCCUCCCAACGAGCCAGAACCUGAGCCGAUACCUGAGCCUGAACCAGAGCCUGAACCAGAACCUAUCAAGGAAGAGCAGCCUGUAGAGGAUGAUACUUGGGGUUCGUUCAGCACUUCUAAGAAGGACAAGAAAAAGAAGAAGAAGGGCGUCGUCGAGGAAGAGCCACCCAAAGAUCCGGAGCCCCUACCAGAGCCCGAACCUGCACCUGAGCCCGAGAAGCCUGUAGAGGAUGAUACUUGGGGUUCGUUCAGCACUUCUAAGAAGGACAAGAAAAAGAAGAAGAAGGGCGUCGUCGAGGAAGAGCCACCCAAAGAUCCGGAGCCCCUACCAGAGCCCGAACCUGCACCUGAGCCCGAGAAGCCUGUAGAGGAGGAUACUUGGGGUUCGUUCAGCACUUCGAAGAAAGACAAGAAAAAGAAGAAGAAGGGAGCCGUGGAAGACCCCCCCAAAGACCCAGAGCCUGAACCUGAGCCUGAGCCUGAACCUAUUCCCGAGCCUGCGCCUGAACCCCCAGCUCAAAACGAUGACGACAUAUGGGGCUUCAGUACUUCCAAGAAGGAUAAGAAGAAGAAGGGCAAAGCCGCUAUCAUCGAGGAACCCCCUAAGGAGCCAGAACCGCCAGCGCCUGCGCCUGCAGAGGACAAGAAGGAAGAGGACGAUUUUUGGAAUACUUUGGGCACAUCUAAAAAGGACAAGAAAAAGAAGAAAAAGGGUGUUUUCGACGAGGAACCACCAAAGGACCCAGAACCUGCACCGGAACCAGAGCCCGAACCGGAACCGGAACCAGAGGCUCCUGCAGAAGAGCCGAGCAGUGCCUGGAGCUUUUGGGGGGCCAGCAAGAAGUCCAAGAAACCCAAAGAAGAGCCUCCGCCUGAGCCUGAGCCUGAGCCUGCUCCUGAGCCUCUGCCAGAGGAUAAUGGCGACGACUGGGCGAGUUUUGGCAAGAAGGACAAAAAGAAGAAGGGUAAGACGUCGACAGCACUGGUCGAAUUGGACAAGGAGCCUGAACCUGAGCCUGCACCACCUGCGGUCCCUGAAGCCGGCGACACUGGUGGUGGUGACGACUUCUGGAACACCUUCACCACUACCAAAAAGGACAAGAAAACGAAGAAGAAUGCUGACGGCAGUCUCAUCCCAGACUCGAUCGAGGAACCCAAGACAGACGACAUCUGGGCCCUUAGCACUUCCAAAAAGGACAAGAAGAAGAAGGGAAGCAAGAAUGCGCCAGUCGAGAUCGAGAAUGGCUCCCACCUGGAUGGAAUGCAACCCGACUCUGUGGAAGAAAGCAAGGGCAGCAAAGUCGACGAUGAUGACUGGGCUUGGGGCAGCUCAAAGAAGGACAAGAAGAAGUCACCGCCUCCAGCCCCGACCCCACCUUCCUUGGACAUGAGUGAGCCUGGCCAAGAAUUGGAGGACAACGUCUGGGACGAAGCGAAAGCUGAAGAGGGGGACGCCGCGGCCGCUGAAGCACUUGCUGCGGAGAUUGCUGCCGAAGAGGAUGAACUCGCUGGUCUCACCGCCAAGGGCAAAAAGAAGAAGCUCCCCAAGAAGGACCAGAAGCGAUUCGACGAGCUGACGGCGAAUGCAAACCAACGCGCGGACGAACAUGCGGCCAAAGAAGCCGAAGAGCAAGCGCAGCGGGAGGCUGAGGAACAGGCUGCCGCUGAAGCUUUGGAGGCCGAACAGACGGCUGCCGCCGAAGCGUUGGAGGCCGAACAGGGAGCUGCCGCCGAGGCACUCGAAGCUGAGAUUGCUGCCGAGGAAGAUGAACUUGCCGCACUUACAACCAAGGCCAGAAAGAAGAAGCUGACUAAAAAGGACCAAAAGCGAUUUGACGAACUGACCGAGAAGGCUGACACUCGCGCUGCGGAGAAAGCUCUCAACGGAGACGACGAUGGAGCUGCACAAGCUGCAAUCGAAGCCGAAGAACAGGCUGCACGUGAGGCUGAGGAACAGGCUGCACGUGACGCCGAGGAACAAGCCGCUCGUGAAGCUGAAGAAGCGGCCCAGGCUGCACGGGAGGCAGAAGAACAAGCCGAGCGCGAGCGGGAGGAGGCCGAAGCAGCUGCCAAGAAGAAAUCCAAGAAGAGCUCCAAGUCAGACGACAAGAAAUCGAAGUCCAGCAGCAAGGACAAGAAGAAGGACAAGGAUGAAGACAAGGCCGACGACAUGGACCUCGACAAUGUGGACCUGACUGCUGAGCAGGCUGAGGAGAUCUUGUCAGGCUUAGCGCCACCGAAGAGAGAGAAGUCCAAGGACGAUGACCCAUUCGCAUUCUGGGGUGCCAAGUCCAAACCCAAGAGCUCAUUUCCUGAAGCGGUUCUCGAAGAUGCCACCGUCGACGAGGACACGCCGCCCUCUUCCAUGGCCGCUCCGGCCUAUCAGGACGACUUCAUGCCACCCAAGAAGAGUAAGAAAGCAAGCAAACUGUCGGAAAAGCUCAGGAAGUUUGAGUCAGCCAAGGAAGAGGACCACGCCGAUCUCAUCGAUGCGCUACCUGCACCACCACCGCCGCCGCCUGCGCCUAGCGCGCCACUAUCCGGCGAGGAUAAGAAGAAGUACAAGUCCUCUCAGAAAGACAGGGACACCCUCCCUGGCAGCUUCCCAAUUGACGAGGAUGAAGACGAGAUCGUCGAGAUCAUUGACAUGGCGCCGGUAGAGAAGAAGCCCAGAAAGAGCAAGAAGAGCAAGUCCAAGGAAGACGCUGUCCCCCCCGCGGCUCCUCCACCACCUCCCGCCGUCCCCGACGCCCCACCCGCGCCGCCGACACCACCCCCUGAGGCCAGAUCCUCCAAGAAAGAACGGCCGAAGAUCAAUCGCGACGCAGGUUCAUCAUGGGGCGCGUGGUCAGCAACUCCGCGCAUGGAUGAGAAGAAGCCGUCCAAGUCCAAGUCCGAGGACAAGAAGGCCAAGAAAGAGAAAGAGGAGAAAGUGUCUUCCAGGGGUUCAGCCUCGGACAAGGCCGAGCGGUCCGAGAAGAAGGCUGCAGCAACUCCGAGGCCGCGCAUUAACAGCUUGUUCCAGAGCACACCUCCGCUGUCGCGUUCCAUGUCAACUCGGGACAAGCGAAGUGGCACAGGCAAAUCGUCGCGUCGCCAUUCUCUGGAUAUGAACGGCGGACUCGUGUCACCACCGCCCGAAGAGACGCCCAAGAUGUCGGCCAAGGCAGCCAAGAUCCUCGGGGUUGGCAAGAGCCGCGGUCGCAAAAGCUCAAAGGCGCGUCCUGCCACGGAUGAUGACAUCGUCAUGGUUGAUGUCAACUCGAGCCCCGACAAGUCGGCUCGCAAGCGAUCAAAGGCCAAGCCAGAUGACGACAUUGUCAUGGUUGAUGCAGGUGGUCCCGCCGACUCAUCACCCCUGAAGCGGUCGAGCUCCAGCGCUAAGAAGGGUCUGUCUGGACUAUUCGGCGGCAUCAUGUCUUCGACUCCUCGUUCCGAUCUCCGUCCCGAACCCCGUCGUCGCAACACAUACCACACCACGGAUGAUGAGGCUAGACCUGACAAGAGGGCCAAGCGUUCUCGAGACGGUGGCAGCGUUGAUGCGGAUGGGGAUGCAGAUCGCGAAGCUCGGCGCGCUGCUCGCCGGGCAAAGAGGGCCGAGGAAAAGGCGACCAAUGAGGCCCGACUUGCGAAAGAGGAUAGUAAGCGUGAGAAGCGCAAGCGUCAAGAGGAGGAAGAGGAAGCUCGCCGGCAAGAGGAUCGAGAGGCCAGACGCGCUGAACGCAGGGUCGCUCGCGAACGCGAAGCCGAGCGCCGCGCUGCAGAAGAGGUCGAUGCAAAGGAAGCCGAGAGGGCAGAACGACGUCGCCUCCGCAAGCUCGGUAAAGAAGCUGGUGGUGGUGGUGGUAGUGGUGCCGAGGAUGCAGAAGCGGAAGCGCGUCGGGUUGCUCGCGCGGAUCGACGGCGCUCGCGUCAGGUUGAUGCAUCCGAGGACGAUGAAGAGCGAAGACGAAGACGCGAAGCUAGACGGGCUGAGGAGAAGGCCAAUCGUCGACGAUCCAUGCCCGCGGAUGGCUACGUAUAUCCCCAAGAACGAUCUUCGCGACGCCCAGAAAACGAGGGCAAGAAGAAGAGACCAGCAUGGCCCCACUCGGGCACCGACUCGUGGGUGAAGGAGACCUCGGACGCCGGCCCGCCCCCUGAGGAUGGGCCCGUUACCGACGCGCCUCCCGCCACGGAUGACGAGGAAGCACGCCGCGCUGACCGUCGUGCGCGUCGCCGUGCGAAGUACGGUGACGGCGAUGGUGAGGAAGACGACCAGCGACGACGCCGAGCACGUCGCGAGGAGCGGGAGCGGCGAGAGCGUCGCGGUGGUGGCUCUGAUGGCAGUGGUGAAAAGGGGCAACGAGAGUCUGUCUUCAUGGACACGACACCUCGAAGUAGCUGGUGGAAAAAGCUUGCCGGCAUGUAA